GGUAGAUUUGCGUAAGGUGUUGUCGGGUAAGGUGAAUUUAUUGGGUAGGGUCAUAGAAGGGUGGUGCAAUUGCAUUGAUUUCCUUUGUCCUCGGACCGUAUCAGUGCUAUAGAACUGUAGUAGUUAUAUCUAUAACUGGCAGCUGAUCGAAGCAACAGAGUUUAACGUGCCUUAAAUUAAAUAUACAUAAGGUGUUUUAGUUAACAUUGUUUUGUUUUUAUUAAUUAUGUAAUCUACAAAGAAUGAUUCACUCAAGGCACACGCAAGGUGAACAUUGUUUUCGUGUUCAAUUGUUUUGUUGUUCUAAAGUUACUUUUGCGCAGCUUUUGUUCUUUAAAAAUGCAUCCGAAUUAACAGUCAUUACAUUUAUACUGCAGUUUUUUUGAUGACUCCAAAGGUCAUUGAGGUCAGGCCACGCAAUGUCGGCGGAGUCUCCGCGGCACGCGCGGGCGGGUGGGCCGCUCACGGUGCCCGCUCAGCCGCCCAGCGACCGCGGCCUCAUCGACGCGGUGUCGGGCUUCAUCAACGAUGUCACGCUUUCCUCCUCCUCCACCGCGGACCCUAAAGACGUCAUACAAUGGGCUCGGUUCGAGACUGCAGACAUAAACGAGCCGACGCCCGAAGGCGACUGCGACGCCGACAUCUCCCCCCUGCUAUUGAUCCUGGGUUACGGCUCCGGAGUCCAGGUCUGGUUGAUUCCCCCGAGCGGGGAAGCACAGGAGGUUCUGUCAUGGCGUCAAGGCACAGUGAGGGUGCUCCGUAUACUGCCGACCCCGCAGCACGGCGACUGUUUCACGUCGAAAAGGCCCCUCAUAGCCCUGUGUGACUCCGCGAGCCCCGGACCCACGUUCUGCUCUCUCAGCUUUAUAUCCAUAAGAGGAGGGGAGCAGGUGAAGAGUAUAAAAUUCAAGAAUCCAAUCCUGGACGUACUGGCCAAUAAGCGGUCUGUGGUGGUGGCCUUUUCUGAGAGAUUCGCCGUGUUCGAUGCGGGGACGUUAGAGGACAGGAUGGCUAUAACGACUUGCUAUCCGUGCCCGUGUCCCUUGGGGGGUAGCCAGCCCAUCAACCCCUUGGCGCUGGGAGACCGCUGGCUGGCUUACGCUGAUAAAAAACUACACCCUUCGAAGAGAAGCAGUGGCGGGUGUGAAGGUGAAGGCGUAACAAGCUAUACUGCCACUGUCCUGCACGCAGCCAAGUCUCUCAGCAAGGGCCUACGAGGUCUCGGAGAAAGUGUGGCCCACAGUUUAGCAGGGGGGCGAAGCACUUCGCAGUCUCCGUCGCCGCCCAAUAGCGACGCGCAGCAGGCGGGCGUCGUCACCAUCCUAGAUAUAGAGGGCAACGAAUAUGAAGACGGCCAAGACCACGAGGACCCGUACGACCCCAUCGUGGCCCACUUCUUGGCGCACUCCGAAGCCAUCAUAGCGUUGAAGUUCGACGCCAGCGGGAUGCUGCUGGUGACGGCGGACCGCCGCGGGCACGACUUCCACGUGUUCCGCGUCAACCCGCACCCCUGCGGCCCCAGUCUCGCCUCCGUGCACCACCUGUACAUACUGCACCGGGGGGACACUACGGCCAAAGUGCAGGACAUCGCGAUAUCUCCGGACUCGCGCUGGACGGCGAUCACCACGCUCCGCGGCACCACGCACGUGUUCGCCAUCAGCCCGUACGGGGGCGCGUGCGGCGUGCGCACGCACACGCAGCCGCGCGUCGUCAACCGCCUGUCGCGCUUCCAGCGCUCCGCCGGCCUGCCCAUACACGCGCAGCCGCCGCGCUCCGGCAGCCCCGUCAGCGAAUGCCUCGGGCAGGGCGCAUGGUUCCCCAACCCGCGCUUGCCGCCGUACCCGCUGCCGUGUCUGUGCUCGCCGCUCGCGCAGCUGCGGCCCACGGCCAACCUGCCCACGCGCACCAUCACCCGCACCAGCUCAGGCCGGCAACGCUUGUCGUCCCUGUCGGAGGAGUGCAACAGCGCGCCGCUGCCGGCCCGCGCGCGCUUCGGGCUGUCCGUGUGCAGCGCGGCGACGCCUCGCGCGCCCUCCAUGCCCGCGCUGUAUCUCGUCACGCACACCGGCGGCCUGCUGCACCUAGUGCUGCACGCCCGCCCCGCCAGGAGUAUCCCCAAAGAAAAAGUGUGCGACGAGUCUCCGAUCGAGGUGGAAGUGGAGCACGUGGCGCAGUGGGCGCUGGCGCGGCCGCCGCCGCCUGCGCCCGACCUGCUGGCGCCGCUGCCGCCCACCAGCCCGCUGCUGCAGCCGAUAGGCAACAAGUUAAGCUGUGCGGACAUGUGCAUGAGCGAAGAGGAGCGCUGGCUAUCGCAAGUGGAGAUAGUGACCCAUGCUGGGCCCCACAGGAGAUUGUGGAUGGGGCCUCAGUUCAUUUUCAAAACGUAUAACACCACUGGGUCGAACUCCUCUCUCUCCGAAGCGGAGGCGGUGGAAGUGGACACGAGCGCAGCGGGAAGCGUGGCGCGCUCCAACCCCGUCAACAUGCCGGGCGUGCGGCCCGUGGUGCCCGUGAUGGUUGACUCCGGCUCCGCCAGUUCCCUCGAGCACUCCCCGUCGGACAGUUUCCGGCGCAAGUCAUUGCUGGCCGACAGCGGCCGCGCGUCCGUGUGCGACGUGCAGCUGAGGGAGGACCUCGCCGAGGCCAUGAAGGAGGACCACGGGUGGCCGCGGGAGGAGGCGCGCACGGUGCGGCGCGCGGGCACGGGCGUGCGGCGCGCCGUGGACCCGCUCGGCACCGUCGUGCCGCGCGCCGAGCCCGAGCCCGGCCCCGAGCCCGCCGACCCCGACCUGUACACGCAGGCCAACGCCGACGAGGGCCGCUUCCGGCCCGUCGUGCGCGCGCCCGCCGCGCUCGGCCUGCCCGCGCACGUGGUCGCGCGCCCGCUGCCGCGCGACACCACCAUCCCCGUGCAGACCGUCGCGCCGCGCGCCGCGCUCACCCCCGACGACGAGCCCGUGCCGCUCACCACCGACGUGGUCAUCCCCGCCGCGCUCACUGCCGUGUCCCGCUGCGUCGUGGGCGUGCCGGACUCCGGGUUUGUGCCCGUCGAGUGUGGCCUCCAGCGUGUUCCCCCCGUAGAUGUGGUUGACGUUACACCCGACGUAAAUAAAGAUCUCGAGCGAGAGAGUGAUGUAUGGAAGCGUGAGGACCCGCGUGUGAGCUCGGCCCCGGCCGAGCGCGAGAGCAAUAAGGAAUCACUGCCAAAAUCGAAUCGAGCCUCGGAUGAUAUUCAACCGAUCGCUCGAGCUAGAGUUAAGAAAUCUCCCACCCCAAAGUCAGUUAGUGAUAGUGAAGUUAAAAUUAAGGAAAAACCUAGAGACAUUAAGGAAAGGGAGAAGAAUAUCGAAGGUGCUAGUAGGGAUGAGUGUGAGCUUAAAGAGUCGAGAGUUCCGAGGAAGUUGGAGGUCAAGCCCGAUGUUGUUGUUGAUGACGGAAAAGUAGAUAAACGAACCGAGUCGGUUGCUAAAGACGAAGCGCCAGUCAUGAACGCCGUUGCAGUUAACAUGGAGGACACUCGUCCGAAAUCGAAGCAUCUGGAUAAAACUGGAAAAUCAAAGGUAACUGAAGAUAAUCGCGAUAAAUCCAAAAAAGGCGACAGGAAUGAAAUGUUGACUAAAGACACUCAUGAUAAGUUUAAAAAAGUUGAUAAUGCAGGUAUUGUAAAAGGCGCAACUGAAGAAACCUGCGACAAGACUAAAAAGAAUAAUCAAAUAGACCCUAUAAAGCCAGCUAUGAAUGAAGCCCGUGAAAGAACCAAAAAAAUUGAAAACCUAAAACCAGUUACAGAAGAGGGUUCUGAAAAAUUAAUAAAAGUUGAAUACACGGAUGUUGCAAAAGUAGAAGAACAAGCUUGGGAUUUACUUUUCAACGAAUCCGAAAGGCCUGCAGUUUUGAACGUAACGCAACAAACUAUUGUAACUGACAAAUUCGAUGACAAACCGAAAUCCAAGAAAACUCGUAAAGGUAAAAAAGGGCAGGAAGAUCUGCAAGCUAACGAAGAUGAAAAUAGUUUUAUAGAGAUUCACGCAAUCGAUGAAGCUAAAACAUCUUGUGGCGAGCUGGUAUCCAUUUCCACGCCAUUGGAGGACAUUGAUUCAACUAGUUCUUAUUUGGCCAAAUUAAAGAAACCUCGUUCAUCUAAGAGUUUAACUUCUGAAAAGGACGAUGAAACAGAAGUUAAGCCACUUGAAUGCUUCCCUGACGAUGACUACGAACUUACUUCACUUCAAUUGAAGGGAGGCAGGAAGAAUUCAUUGGUAUCAUCUUACAUAGAGGGUUGGCCUGAACCGAGUCCUGUCAAAAAAUCCGUCGCAUUACCAAUAGAAAAACAAACAUCAAGUCACCUGAAAGUAAAACAUGAUGUUUUAAGUACUAGUGAAAUCUCAUGCACUUCGCCUAAAGACGUCCCAAAAACGAAGAAGAGCAAAUCAUUGUCUCCAUAUUCCGAUGCCAGUAAGAAACAUGGUGACAAAGCAUUCGAAACCGAGAAAAGAGAUGUUUACGUUAUCGAUUCUACGAAUGACGAAUUUCCUGAAAUUCAAAUUACCAGAGGCAGCAAAACCCGGAAAUCACCUCAGCCCAUGGAAAGAAAAAACGUGGAGAAAGAGACUCUUCAAGAGAAACCAAUAAAAUCCUGGAGUUCCAUCGCUGCUACGAAAAACGAUAAAAGAGAUGAACCUACUAUGGCUUUGAAAAAAUAUGAAAGAUGUGACUCUUGGGAAGAACCUCAUGUUGGGACUGGUUUAGAGUAUCCGAAGUCUUUCAAGGACGAUCGCGUGUCCUUGCAGGAUAAACUUAUCGAACUCUGCAAGAGAACUGAUAUUAUGGUUGCAGAAUGUGAUGCUCCAGAUGAGCUUAACUUUGUUGAAGAACACCACACUGAUCUACACGAUCUGCCACCGUUAGAACCCUUAGAUUUCGGCUUAGACGACUACAAACUUGAAGUUAUGAGAGACAGUCUUUUGGAAGUAAACGAUACAAAAAUCAGUAGCCCGAUAUGCAAAAUAAACAUUGACGAUAUACUAUCGUCUAUUAAAGAAACCACAAGCAAAGCCAUAGAAUCGAGUACCUUCAAUUUAGUCGAUUUGGAGAAGGUGCCAGCCAGGAACGAAAAAGGUUUUAGUGUUAUCGAGAGUCAAAAGAUUACGACUCAAGAGGUGAAAAUAGAUGAUGAAAGCAAAGAAGGGGAGAGUUCAACGAUGGAAAAGUCGUCCGACGACGACAACGUAUCGCCCCUGGCGUCCACCGACAGCGACAAGGAAGAAAAGCGGACCGCCGGUGCUGCAAGUGUGCUCCUCCCUUCGGCAAAGCAAUCAUCCAAAUGUAAGAAAUCGCGUAGAAAGAAGAAGUAACUCUAAAGUAUGUGUUCAAAAUCAUAAUAGCUUCAUUUAUAUUAUAAUGUCGCAAUGUCACUUCGUAAAUAUCAAUAUUUGAUGCUAAUUACUUAUAUUAUAAUGUCGCAAUGUCACUUCGUAAAUAUCAAUAUUUGAUGCUAAUUACUUAGAUUCAAUAUAAUUUUAAUAUGAACGGUUCAAAAAAAGUGGCUGUGACAUAAUCGGACAGACAGACGGACAUGACGAAUCUAUAAGGGUUCCGUUUUUUGCCAUUUGGCUACGGAACCCUAAAAACGUCAUAAAUAUUUUUAACCACUAUGAUUUUCGAACUUACUUUUAACAGUAAAUUUUCAAAAAUUAUUAUAACUUAUGCCACAAUAAUUAAAAAAAAAUAAAAUAAAAAAUCCAUAAAAAUCAUUGAAAAUGACAAAAAUAUUGUUAACGUUUUUUUUGUGAAGAUAGUUAAUAAUAGCGAGCGAUCUUGCGUUUGUUAAUAUUUUUUGAUAAAAAUGUUUAACCGUUUUGUCUGAACAAUUUUAUCAAAAUCUAUCUUCAUAAAAAAUAUAGUUAAGCAUUACAACAGUGCUGCUACAGUACUUAUUUUUUUAGAUUAUUUGAUUACUUUAUAUACAUAGUGUUGUAGUAUUUGUAGUAAACUUCAAUGACGGACACUAAGUACGUUAGAUACUAUUUUGCUUUCAUUACCAACACAUGCAAAUGUAACCUUUUUGGCUCUGCCAUAGUUGAGUAUCUGCUCGGCCAGUACGACAAGAAAGUACCUCAUUAUUUACCAUUUAUAAAACCCUAAUCAUAUUUUUUGCGGUAUCUAAUAGAAUCUCGAAUGUGUGCUUUUUUCGGCAAUUUCGAUAUAAAUAAUUGUAUUUUAUUACCUCAACACAACAUACGUUGACUGAGAGGCGUAGGUUCUGCCCAGUAACUGAUCUAAUGGCCGAAUCCUGAUUCUACAAGUUUGGUGCUUUUGAAAUUUUAACCUAAAUUAGCAUACCAGUUAUGCAAGUUUGCCGUAGAAGUGGCUGUCAUUAUUUCACUUCUAAGGGUGUUUUCACAUUGUACAUGUCAUUGUAGUCUUCGUCGUCAAGUCAGUAUUUUCCUAGAACAGAUUCCAAAUCCAAAUAUACAUGUCGAUUAUGGCUGCUUAAAAUUUCAGUUACAUGGAAGUAAUGUACCCUAAGGUUAUAGGUAUAUGAGUAUCGGUCCAAUUCGCACACCCGCUAAGUGCUAACCACUAAUCUCAAACCUGUGCAUGGUGGCCACUCUCGCCCUCAUAGUUGCGACUUGCUUGUGACCAAGUCACUCGGUAUGAAAUACCUUCUCUUAAACACGGCUGUCUUUAUGUACAAAUACUUUUUAACUAUCCAGCAAGUAUUAAUGUAAAGGUUUUGUUUUUAUAUUAAGUUUUAUGUUGAAUCAUGACAAAUAUUUAUUUUUUCUAUCUUAGCUUUUAUUUCGUGUAAAUGUUUAAUUAAAUUAUGAUAUUUAGUGAAUAAUUUUAGUAUUCAAUUAAUAAUGUUUAGUGCAUAAUAUUUAUAAUCAUGAUCACUGUCUUAAAUGAAAUUAUUUAUUUUUUGCUCAUUUCUUUGGAAAUAAGUUAAGUGAUGAAAUAAAAAGGCAUAUUAAUAACAAAAAUAUAAUAAUAAAAUUAGACAAAAAAUGUGAACAGCGACGUGGCCCUCAAUCACUCGAUAGAUCGUUUUCCCUUUGGACGUAAUUUCAGUUUUAUUAAAGGAUUUAAUUUGAGUUGAUAAAACAAGUGUUUCUGCUGUUGCGCAGCCAUAGCCGGGUAAAAAUAACAAAACUUUGGGGGUAGCGGCAUCAUUCGGAUGGCCUCGCAUCCUUCUUCGAAAUAACGAAAUAAAUGUCGUAGGUACCUAAAAUUACAAUGUUUACACAACAACAAGGUUCGCAAAUAGUGAAUCUAUGGCGGCCUUCAGUGACAAGCAAUGUAUGAAGUUGUGAUAACAUGUUUACACGUUAGUAACACUAAGUGACCUAAUUUAAUAGGAAAUAGAGCAGUUGUGGAAGGAUGAGUGCUUAACAUUUUGUGUGUACCAUUUGAACUGAGAUAUCGAUUGACCUAUUGUACUAUGCAUUGACAUUUUGUCUUUGGUUGACAAUAUGGUAUCUUAUGUUAUGUCCUCCGAACUCAACCAGAUUUACCAACUAAGUGUGUAAAGAAGUAGUAUUGUACUAAUGUUAAUUAUUUUAUUGAAAUCUAUUAACUGCAAUUACCGUUUUGUUUGAAAAAUUACAGCAAAUUUGAGAUAUUACCAUUAUCUGACAGUGUAACACAUGAUAUGAUAAUGAUGGACGAUAAAAACGCAACCAUCGUAUCCCUACAAAGUUUAAAAAAAGCAGUCUUUAUUGGCCGGUAAUGUAUAGUUAUGAUGCUGGAGGGAAGAACUGUAUACAACAGCACCACUUCAAGUAGGACGACGUAAUGCCGUUAUAUAAAGUCUCUUACCAACCAGCUACCUUACUUACUGCUGUGGCGCAGCGACUCGAAGUGGAUCUUGGCUACUUAGCUUCGAAUAAUCGUAAUAAAAAUUAAGUUAAUAUUAAAUUAAGGUAAAAUUAUAAAUUACCACAAAACGUCUAAAUUCCUAUUAAUAUAAUAAAAAUGUAUCUCUUUUGUCCAAAAGUAUCAUACUUUUGGACGAAAAAGACAUACGUACAUUUAUAUUUAUUGUUAAAACUUUUUAAAUUUGUUAUCAAGAUUUUUUUUGUCGAAUAUAGUGAAACCUUCUCAAUUUACAGUUAAUUAGGAGAUGUUACGGUACCCAUGUACUUCUGAAAUUUGAAAUCUAUGUUUGAUCUAUUUCAAUGGGUGUGGCUAAAAUCGCUCACUAACAAACCUGCGGUGUUCGCCUACUUAUUAGCAAAACGUUUUGAAAUUUGAAAUUUUAUUGCUAUUUUUUCGUUUCAUUAGUUUAAGAUUUUCCGUUAUUUUUUAUUUAACCGUUUGACCGCCUAAGAAAUCAAUUGACGCGAGUGGCCGACAAGGUUCACGAUGACGUGCCGCACACGAUAGCCGAUAACACGUUAUAAAAGCGCCUAAGAACCCUAAUAAGUAACAACAGAAGACCCGCCUAGCAGGUCGCUGGCAAUGAAUGUGUUAAAAACAAUUUAAGUGUAUUUUUAGACCUGAGACACUUCAUUUCAAACAAUUAAAAAGUCGCGGCUGAUUGACACUGCUGGCUGAAUAAGAAGAAAUACAUCGGUGCUUGUAAACGUCAUAAUAAACGCGUGUUGUAGAUUUAAUCAACGUAAUGGGAUUACUUAGACGUUUUCUGGUAAUCUAAAUGAACCAACACAUACUAACCUCAUUAUGAAAAUCAUGUCCCUUAACAUUUAUGUGCCGAUGUGAAUGAUAAUUCACCAACUAUAUUUCCUUUGCAAAGAGGUAUUAAUUAACCCGUAACGAAUUCGAAUUAGGUAUAAUUUUAAGGCAGCACUUUUGGACUAUUUUUGAUAUGUAUAUUUUCUUAAAUUAAUUUUAAAUUUGAUUUAAUUGCUACAGCAAUGAUUUUAAUAUUUUAGUAAGUUUUUAAUAACUCUUUAAAUGGUGUCAUUAGGGCCGUAUGAAUUCAUAAACAAUAUAUUAGUAUUAUUUUAAUAUACUAAUUUUAAAUUCCAAAGUACAUGCAAGAAAUGUCAAGGAACAUAAACUAAGAGUUACAAAAAAUAAUUAUAUUUAUAACACUUUCGCUUAUUUGCAAGUACAAGAUAGAUUUAUAUACAUAAUGAGACGGAUAUACCAUAGCGUGACCAAUGUAUUGCUAAGUAUGUAAGUUGCAAUAGUAACUGUUGAUUACUACUAGAUACAUGUAUGAUAGGUAAGAUCAUUGUGCUCAAGUAGAGUUAACCUUUUGAUCUCGUGCGUCGUGAACUUGUCACAGUUCGUAUUAUAUACAUUUUGAAUCUCUAAAUAUUUAGACUUCAGCGGGAUCAGAAGUCAAAAACUCCUUGUAUUAAUUGUAUGUACGGCUCAAAAUUCUUUUCGUUGUCUUCUUUCUGACCACUUUGUCACGCUUGUAUUUGUGUUUUCUACCAAAUCAAAUAAAAAAAUUAAAACGAGUACUAUUGUGUCUUUCUGUCACUUUUUGGGGACAAAAACAAGACAAAAAGAAUUUUGACCCAUACACGUAAAAAAAUAUUCUAAUCCAGAACAUGAGGUUAUAUGUAAUACAGAAUUCAGUAGUUGAUAAAUGCAUACAAAUAAUAAAUUUUAACGGAGGUCCUACCUCGGACAUCUCAUGUGUAUUCGAGCGACAGAGACAGAUAACGAAAUUUCGUAGAUUUUCGCGGUAGGCCCUCUGAUCAACCUAACAAAAUAGUGUUUUGGAUGCCAUAAAGUUGUCAGAAGUUGCAACUUACUGAAAUGUAAAGCUUAUUUUAUGUAAUAUUGAUAAAUCUGACAUUGUAUUAAUUGCCCCUAUAAUGCUAAAAGUGCAAAAGCUAUCGUAUAUUAAUAAUUAUGCCCAUCCAUACGCCUCAUUGGGGUGCCUGGGUAGGGUAGAAACACUGUUAUAAUAUAGAAACAUUUUCUCUUUUUUUAUGUAAAUAGAAAAAUUUGUCCAAUAAUAAAACUCGAAUUUGCUGUAGUCAGUGUUUUCGCGUGUUAUCAAAUUUAUAUUUGUAAAUUCGGCUGCCUUGUAUCAGUAUGAUUUUGUUGAUAAUGUUAUGGAGUGUUUAAAAAAAAUAGUGAUAAAUUAAAUAAAAAUGAGAAUUCAAAAACCACAAAA